AUGCCGCCCCUGGACCCCAGAAGCCGCCCCUGGACCCGGUACGCCUUGUGCUGCCCGUGCCUGUGCUGCCCGUGCCUGUGCUGCCCGUGCCUGUUGCUGCCCGUGCCUGUGCUGCCCGUGCCUGUGCUGCCCGUGCCUGUGCUGCCCGUGCCUGUGCUGCCCGUGCCUGUUGCUGCCCAUGCCUGUGCUGCCCGUGCCUGUUGCUGCCCGUGCCUGUGCUGCUCGUGCCUGUGCUGCCCGUGCCUGUGCUGCCCGUGCCUGUUGCUGCCCGUGCCUGUGCUGCCCGUGCCUGUGCUGCCCGUGCCUGUGCUGCCUGUGCCUGUUGCUGCCCGUGCCUGUGCUGCCCGUGCCUGUGCUGCCCGUGCCUGUUGCUGCCCGUGCCUGUGCUGCCCGUGCCUGUUGCUGCCCGUGCAUGUGCUGCCCGUGCCUGUUGCUGCCCGUGCCUGUGCUGCCCGUGCCUAUGCUGCCCGUGCCUGUGCUGCCCGUGCCUGUGCUGCCCGUGCCUGUUGCUGCCCGUGCCUGUGCUGCCCGUGUCUGUGCUGCCCGUGCCUGUGCUGCCCGUGCCUGUUGCUGCCCGUGCCUGUGCUGCCCGUGCCUGUGCUGCCCGUGCCUGUGCUGCCCGUGCCUGUGCUGCCUGUGCCUGUUGCUGCCCGUGCCUGUGCUGCCCGUGCCUGUGCUGCCCGUGCCUGUUGCUGCCCGUGCAUGUGCCGCCCGUGCCUGUUGCUGCCCGUGCCUGUGCUGCCCGUGCCUGUGCUGCCCGUGCCUGUGCUGCCCGUGCCUGUGCUGCCCGUGCCUGUUGCUGCCCGUGCCUGUGCUGCCCGUGCUUGUGCUGCCCGUGCCUGUGCUGCCCGUGCCUGUGCUGCCUGUGCCUGUUGCUGCCCGUGCCUGUGCUGCCCGUGCCUGUGCUGCCCGUGCCUGUGCUGCCCGUGCCUGUUGCUGCCCGUGCCUCGUGCUCGCGCCCCCGUGCGCUCUGCUACUUGGAGCUAG